AUGAGAAAAAUUGGAAGAAGUAGUAGGUGGCCGCUCCAAAAAAACGGGGAGGCGUCUGCACAUUGGUUCAUGACGUCUAGUCUAGGGCACGUUUGCCGCCACUGCUGUACCCGGUCGGCAUCGUUUGACUGUGUGGCUUUCGGUGUUCGCAGCGGCUCCAAACACCUUAAUAAAAGCAACAGCUUCGAUGUUUACGUGCGUUACAUGUGGUCCGGUUGCGUACGGCAGCUCGUCCGUAGAACGCAACGUCGAGUACGCUGCGGUCCUGCGAGUUUUCGCUGUGUGUCGGACCAAGCCACCACAGACGUGACGCGCACCGCCCUUGUGAGCAUCGAGGCCGAACUCACAGAAAACAGACAGCUUUUAACCGAAUUGAGGACUGCCGAAACCCCCGAACCGGAGCUCCAGAGACUUGUUCGGGAGGAGAUUCAGCGACUUGAGGCGCAACAACGGAGUCUCCUCGAACGUGCACGGCAACAACAACAGGAAGCGCCUGUGGAGUUCGCCUGGGACACUGAACCCCAGCGGCAUUCAGAACUAGCUGACCAAAACCAUGAAGAAGGUGAUCCGCGAGAAAUCCAGUCACUUUUUCUGGAAGUACAGUCAGGGGCCGGCGGUAUAGAGGCGAACAUUUUCGCACAUGAACUCUUUAAAAUGUACGAGCGCUACGCCAAGCGUCGAGGUUGGCGCUUCCAAAUCCUCGAUGAAUGCGUAGCCCGCAUCGAAGGUGCUGGUGCUUACGAGCGGCUCCGCUACGAGGCAGGCGGCGUGCGCGUGCAACGUGUACCAUCAACCGAGACCCGAGGCAGACUGCAUACCUCGCUCGCUUUUGUCAUCAUCCUCCCUGAGACCGACAAUACGUACGGCACUGACGCGUCUUGGCCGAACCGCGAAGACCUGCGCAUCGACCGGUUUCGCGCCAGCGGCGCUGGAGGCCAGCACGUGAAUAAAACGGAUAGUGCUGUGCGUGUAACACAUCUGCCGACGGGGCUUCAGGUUGCGGUACAAACGACGCGUUCGCAGCAUCAGAACUUGGCCCUAGCCAUGCGUCUAUUGCGUGCACGCCUUGCGGACGCUCAGCGCCGUGCGAAACGGGAAGCAAUGGAAGCAAAAAGACGAGACCAAAUAGGGUCUCGAGCGCGCCAUGAACGCGUGCGAACAUUUCACUUUCCACGAAACGAAGUCGUUGACCAUCGGGUGAACCGGAAAGUCUCCGAAUUGACCCGGAUUCUCCGCGACGGUGACAUCGAUCUGCUACCGAGUCCAGCAUCAUCGGGGAUUUCCCCAUGA